AUGAGAGUGAGCCGUCUCAUUAUCAUAAACCCUAGAAGAAUCAAUCUUCUUAGAUCUUCCAGACUCUUCUCAAUUUCUUUUUAAACACACACCUUCUCCCUAACUCUCUAUCUCAACUCAACAAUUCUGCGUCAAAACAUGUAUCGUUUUGCAGCAAAUCUAGCCUCCAAAGCCAGCGUUGCGAGUAAAAGCAGCCAACAGAUUGGGGGUAGAUUCGGUUGGAGCAGAAACUAUGCUGCCAAAGAUAUUAGAUUUGGAGUGGAGGCUAGGGCUUUGAUGCUUAAGGGUGUUGAAGACCUUGCUGAUGCUGUUAAAGUCACCAUGGGUCCUAAGGGGCGCAAUGUAGUGAUUGAGCAGAGUUGGGGUGCACCCAAAGUGACAAAGGAUGGUGUCACUGUUGCUAAGAGCAUUGAAUUUAAGGACAAAGUUAAGAAUAUUGGUGCUAGCCUUGUUAAACAGGUGGCAAAUGCUACCAAUGAUGUUGCUGGUGAUGGUACGACCUGUGCUACUGUCCUUACUCGUGCAAUAUUCACUGAAGGCUGCAAGUCAGUGGCAGCUGGCAUGAACGCUAUGGAUCUAAGACGUGGCAUUACCAUGGCUGUUGAUGCUGUUGUUACAAACUUGAAAAGCAGAGCAAGGAUGAUUAGCACAUCGGAGGAGAUUGCUCAGGUUGGAACUAUUUCUGCUAAUGGAGAGAGGGAAAUUGGUGAGCUGAUUGCAAAGGCCAUGGAAAAAGUUGGAAAAGAGGGUGUCAUAACAAUUCAAGAUGGGAAGACACUGUUCAAUGAGUUGGAAGUAGUUGAGGGUAUGAAGCUUGACAGAGGCUAUAUCUCCCCAUACUUCAUCACAAACCAGAAGACUCAGAAAUGUGAAUUGGAGGAUCCUCUUAUUCUUAUUUACGAGAAGAAAAUCUCUAGCAUAAAUGCUAUUGUUAAAGUCCUUGAAUUGGCUUUGAAGAGGCAAAGGCCACUUCUGAUAGUCGCGGAGGAUGUGGAAAGCGAUGCACUGGCCACUCUUAUCCUUAACAAGCUUCGAGCUGGAAUCAAGGUCUGUGCUAUCAAAGCGCCUGGGUUCGGUGAGAACAGGAAAUCGGGCUUGCAAGAUCUUGCUGUUUUAACUGGGGGCCAAGUCAUAACAGAAGAACUUGGAAUGAACUUGGAUGAUGUGGAACUGGAUAUACUGGGAUCGUGCAAGAAGGUCACCAUAUCAAAGGAUGAUACUGUUAUUCUUGAUGGAUCUGGUGAGAAGAAAUCCAUUGAAGAAAGAUGCGAGCAGAUCAGGUCAGCAGUCGAAUUGAGCACUUCUGAUUAUGACAAGGAGAAGUUGCAAGAAAGGCUUGCCAAGCUAUCCGGUGGUGUAGCUGUGCUAAAGAUUGGAGGAGCCAGCGAAACAGAAGUUGGUGAGAAGAAAGAUAGAGUGACUGACGCUCUUAACGCCACAAAAGCAGCUGUAGAGGAAGGGAUUGUGCCCGGUGGAGGUGUUGCUCUCCUCUACGCAGCCAAAGAAUUGGAGAAGCUGCCAACAGCCAACUUCGAUCAGAAGAUUGGUGUCCAAAUUAUUCAAAAUGCGUUGAAGACGCCAGUUUUCACUAUUGCAGCAAAUGCCGGUGUGGAGGGUGCCGUUGUGGUUGGCAAAUUGUUGGAAUCAGAAAAUCCAGACCUCGGAUAUGAUGCAGCUAAAGGUGAAUACGUGGAUAUGGUGAAGGCUGGAAUCAUCGACCCGUUGAAGGUCAUUAGAACUGCGCUCGUUGAUGCUGCUAGUGUCUCUUCAUUGAUGACAACGACAGAGGCGAUUGUGGUAGAACAACCGACAGAGGCGAAGGCUGGACCAGCGAUGGGCGGUGGGGGCAUGGGAGGAAUGGGUGGCAUGGACUACUGAGGUGAUGGAAUGCUGCUUAACAAUUGUUGAACAGAAGAAAGAAAUAAAAGAUAGUUGUGUUAUUUUUGAGCGGGAUGUAUUGAUAGGGCGAGUUGGUUUGGUAGGAGUUUGUUAGACUCUUUAUUGUUUUGGAAUUGUCCAUUAAAUAUUUAUCUCUCAGCCACUUUUCAUCUCAUUUUCACUCUCAAGAAAUUAUUUGUAUGAUCA